GCAGCCAAUAAAUCUUUAACCUGCUCUCAGUGUGGAAAGAGUUUAACAUGUAAUAAAGAUCUUAAUAUACACAUGAGAAUUCAUACUGGAGAGAGACCUUACAAGUGCUCACACUGUGGAAAGAGUUUCAAUCAGUCAGUUAACCUGAAAACACACAAGAGAAUUCAUACUGGAAAGAAACCUUACAAGUGCUCACACUGUGGAAAGAGUUUCAAUCAGUCACAACACCUGAAAAUGCACGAGAGAAUUCAUACUGGAGAAAAACCUCACAAGUGCUCACACUGUGGAAAGAGUUUCACUCAGUCACAACACCUGAAAACACAUGAGAGAAAUCAUACUGGAGAAAAACCUUACAAGUGCUCACACUGUGGAAAGAGUUUCACUGUGUUAUAUCACCUGAAAACACAUGAGAGAAUUCAUACUGGAGAAAAACCUUACAAGUGCUCACACUGUGGAAACAGUUUCACUCAGUCACAAGACCUAAAAAAACAUGAGAGAAUUCACACUGGAGAAAAACCUUACAAGUGCUUACACUGUGAAACGAGUUUCACUCAGUCACAACACCUGAAAACACAUGAGAGAAAUCAUACUGGAGAAAAACCUUACAAGUGCUCACACUGUGGAAAGAGUUUCACUGUGUUAUAUCACCUGAAAACACAUGAGAGAAUUCAUACUGGAGAAAAACCUUACAAGUGCUCACACUGUGAAAAGAGUUUCAAUGAGUCAAGCAACCUGAAAACACAUGAGAGAAAUCAUACUGGAGAAAAACCUUACAAGUGCUCACACUGUGGAAAGAGUUUCACUGUGUUAUAUCACCUGAAAACACAUGAGAGAAUUCAUACUGGAGAAAAACCUUACAAGUGCUCACACUGUGGAAAGAGUUUCAAUCAGUCAGUCAACCUGAAAACACAUGAGAGAAUUCAUACUGGAAAAAAACCUUACAAGUGCUCACACUGUGAAAAGAGUUUCACUCAGUUAAAAUACCUAAAAAGUCAUAAGAGAAUUCAUACCAAGGGGAUAGAAAUAAUAAAACAGGAAAGGGAAGGAAAAAAGGUGGAUGAAGAAAAAGGAGAAAGACCCCCUCCCUAUGCACCAACAAUGGAGACGAAAGGGAAUUUGCAAAUGCCUAUGAUGGAGUUUAAGGGGGAAGUACACAUGGCUGGAGAAAUAGAAGUCACUGAGAAAGUGCCAAUAGAGUCAGAAGAAGAACCAGCAAAUCUAUACCCAGACAUUAAACUGAGAGGAACUACGAGCCACAAUAAUGGGGAAGCAGUGGGAUCAGAACAAGACAGCACAAAGGGUCUAUGGAAUCCAAGUCAAAGGUGGGAAGGGCCAGAAGGAUCAGAUCGAGAAAUGCGCCAAGAGAUGUUAACUCAACGAAGAAUAAAGGAAGAAUUAAACAAACAAUGCCAGGAAGCAAUAAUGGAAGGAAUAAAAGGGUAUGCGGAACAACAGAACAAAGAACAAAGAAAACAACAAGAGCAAGAAAGUACAUCUGAAGAUGACGAUCAAAUAGAGACAGAUGACGGCAUGACAAUAUCAUCAAGAGUGAAAGAAAGUGUGAAAAAGCAGCGGAAGAUGAGAGAAGAUGUGACCAGCAUCAGGGCCAAGUCACAGGAACUAUCGGACUCCAUGAGAAAGGAAAAAGAGAUGCCGGAAAACAUGAGAAGGUCAACAAGAAGAAGAGAGCAUGUCGCUCCAGACAUAAACACCCUGGGACGUCGGACAAAAGGAAAGAUGAAACAGGGACAGUAUGACUGCUAUGUGCCAUGGGCCAACCAUGAUCUUGAAGGAUUACUGGCAGCCCUCCCUGACAUAUAUGAAGGAGCAGGAAGGUGGAUUAGAGAUGUUGAGGAGCGAGCAGUAGGAACUCAGCUGGCCCUGGGAGACAUUAAAGCACUUCUUGCAAGAUGCAUUGGAGGAGGCAAAAUGGCGGAAAUACUCGAAAAAGCCAAAGCUAUGCCUACACCAGUAAAGGACAAGCUGGAAGACGUGGUGGGGUUAACUACUAAGACACAGAAAGAGUUCUGUGCCCAUGUGGUACAUGCAGUGGAACAACACAGACGGAAUGAAGAAAAACUAAAGCAACAAGAAAGGGACAUACGUAAGAAACUGGAACAGUUGCAACUGGAGGAACUAACAGGAAACAAGAAAAGAAUUCAAGCAGCAGUAAAAGGAAAAGAUGCACCAACCUCUGUAAUGGCGCCAGUAAAUACAGCAUUACAAAUUCCGAUCAGUGCACAGGCUCAGAUGACCUCAAGUGAAACAAUUACACCUAUGGUUCCCGGCGUACCACCUGUGCCCAUGUAUCAACCUGUACCAACAAUCCAGGUAGCACCAAUGGCUCCUGUACCAAGUGCUCAAAACCAGAUACCCAUGCAGAGUCAGGUGAUGCAACAGCCCAUGCCGACUGUGAUAUAUCAUUUCCCCGAUCAAAUGAACAGAAGAUGGAAUCGACAGUAUCAAGGGGAAGAGGAAGAGGACGAGGAAGACAGAAUUAUAAUAAUGGCCCAACAAAUGCAUGUUGGGGGUGUAACCAAUAUUCCUUUAGCAGAGGAAAGCAGACAGCUCUUUGCAUUCACCUAUCAAGGUAAACAAUUCACGUACACACGACUACCACAAGGAUUCAAGCACUCACCUCAUGUGUUCAAUCAAGUAUUAAAAACAGACUUAGAGGAUCUAAGAAUAGACAGCACAUUGAUCCAGUAUGUGGAUGACUUAUUGUUCUGCUCACCAACACUGGAGCAAUGCCAUCAGGAUACUAUUAAGAUCCUUACUAAACUGGCUGAAGGGGGUCAUAAGGAACAAAGAAAUCCUAGGCAGGAAGAGAAUGCACCUUGUUCAGUUGCUCCUGGAGAUCUUGUGGACCUGAGAGUGUUUAGACGAAGGUGGAAUGAGCCAAGACGGGAAGGACCUUAUGAAGUGGUACAGGCAACCCCAACAGCAGUGAAGGUAAGAGGAAGUAACACAUGGUAUCAUUUAAAUCACUGCACUAAAGUACGUAGGAGAAACCUACCACAAAAUCAGGAACCUGAAACAGAAGAAGAAGCGGAGCAGCAAAGAGAGGAUCAAGCCCACGAGGUUGAAGACCUACAAGUACCAGAUAGAGACAUCGAAGAGAGUGAAGAAGAGGAAGAAGAACAACAAACGAACGUGUUUCCCCCGAUACAGGGCCUACCGGGGAAGCAGCGCAAGAAGACCCAGACUCACCCGGUGAAGGACCGUCAGAGCGGCCAUGACUGUGGAAAGAGUUUCACUCGGUUAAAUUCCCUGAAACUACACAAGAGAAUUCAUACUGGAGAAAAACCUUACAAGUGCUCACACUGUGGAAAGAGUUUCAAUAAAUCAUUUAACCUGAAAACACAUGAGAGAAUUCAUACUGGAGAAAAACCUUACAAGUGCUCACACUGUGGAAAGAGUUUCAUUUAUUUAAAUUCCCUGAAACUACAUGAGAGAAUUCAUACUGGAGAAAAACCUUACAAGUGCUCACACUGUGGAAAGAGUUUCAUUCAUUUAAAAUCCCUGAAACUACAUGAGAGAAUUCAUGCUGGAGAAAAUCCUUACAAGUGCUCACACUGUGAAAAGAGUUUCACUGUGUCAUAUAACCUGAAAUCACAUGAGAGAAUUCAUACUGGAGAAAAACCUUACAAGUGCUCACACUGUGAAAAGAGUUUCACUCAGUCACAUUCCCUGAAAUCACAUGAGAGAAUUCAUACUGGAGAAAAACCUUACAAGUGCUCACACUGUGAAAAGAGUUUCACUGUGUUAAAUCACCUGAAAUCACAUUCGAGAAUUCAUACUGGAGAAAAACUUUACAAGUGCUCACACUGUGAAAAGAGUUUCACUGUGUUAAAUCACCUGAAAUCACAUGAGAGAAUUCAUACUGGAGAAAAACCUUACAAGUGCUCACACUGUGAAAAGAGUUUCACCAGGUCAGAACACCUGAAAACACAUGAGAGAAUUCAUACUGGAGAGAAACCUUACAAGUGCUCACACUGUGAAAAGAGUUUCAAUCAGUCAGUUCACCUGAAAACACAUGAGAGAAUUCAUACUGGAGAAAAACCUUACAAGAGCUCACACUGUGAAUAGAGUUUCACUCAGUUAAAAUACCUAAAAAGUCAUAAGAGAAUUCAUAUGAUCAGAUAUUCACACGUCAUCAGAGCGAGCGCGAAAAUGGAAGGCGAACCGCAGCUAGCUAAUGUUCCUCCUGAACCACCAGUAAAACGAAACAAAAGAAAGACUGUGUUAGAAACUUCUACAACGAAAAAACGUCUGGAUCAAAAGCGCGCUAAAAGCAGAAUUAACAUUGACGUUGCUUUUCCACGCUGGAGGAAACUGCGGGACUCAAAGUGUCUGAAAAAUGACGCCAUGCUUGCUGUUUUUCUUUUGGACAGUUACGAAAACUCUGCAACAUCCACACCUUUGGUGCAUGGAUUCAUAAGGCCACCAACUGUUUCGACUCUUUCAUCAGUUUCUCCCAAAACAAUGUUCAUCAUGAGGGAGCAGGUGGAUGUGAUCUGCUGUAAAUCAGUAGGAACUGAUCUGUCCAUGCUAGAUAUUGAUGAUUUCAUCACAGAAAUCUCUCAGCUGAAGAAAGAGGUGAUGUCACUGAAGACAAAACUGAUGGAGAGAGACGACAGGUUACAGGAGCUGGAAAAGGUUUCCUGUCAAUCUUCAGUGUGUGUGACUGAUGGGACCUCCACAGAAUGUCAGGAUUCUGUGUGGAGCGGCAGAGAUCAGUCCACACCACAGCGACUGCUGGACAAACUCUCUGAACAGAGAUCCAGAGACACACAGGACUCACAGCUCACUUUACUCUGUUCUACUGACGGUAAUCAGGGUGAUCAAACCUCCACAGAGUCUCUGACUUCUGUCUGUAAUGCUGGAGAUCAGCAGAUACCAGUGAAGAUUGAAGUGAAGCUGGAGGAGAUAAAAGAAGAAAACACAGCAGAGGACCAACAGAGAGAAGAUGAUGAUGAUGAUGAUGAUGAUGAUGAUCAAAACCCCACAGAGUCUCUGACUUCUGUCUGUAACACUGAAGAACAGCAGAUGCUGCAGAGACCAGUGAAGAAUGAAGUGAAGCUGGAGGAGAUAAAAGAAGAAAACACAGCAGAGGAACAACAGAUAGAAGAUAAUGAUCAAACCUCCACAGAGUCUCUGACUUCUGUCUGUAACGCUGGAGAACAGCAGAUACUGCAGACACCAGUGAAGAUGAAGACGUGUUCAGUGAAGCUGCUGGACUGCAGGAAUCUGAUGAAGAUGAGAGGAGACCCCACAGCAGAGGAACAACAGAUAGAAGAUGAUGAUCAAACCUCCACAGAGUCUCUGACUUCUGUCUGUAAUGCUGGAGAACAGCAAAUGCUGCAGAUACCAGCGAAGAAUGAAGUGAAGCUGGAGGAGAUAAAAGAAGAAAACACAGCAGAAGAACAACAGAGAGAUGAUGUUUUUAUUUCUUCAGAGCUGAUGGAAGUGAAAGAGGAAAGUCAAGAACCGAUUGAAGUGGAGGAGAAACCUCGUGAUUUCAAAAUUGGAGAAAAAUCUUUGAGUGACACAAAAAAGCCUAAAAUAAAAGCAGCCAAUAAAUAUUUAACCUGCUCUCAGUGUGGAAAGAGUUUAACAUGUAAUAAAGAUCUUAAUAUACACAUGAGAAUUCAUACUGGAGAGAAACCUUACAAGUGCUCACACUGUGGAAAGAGUUUCACUCAUUUAAAUUCCCUGAAAAUACAUGAGAGAAUUCACACUGGAGAAAAACCUUACAACUGCUCACACUGUGGAAAGAGAUUCACUCAGUCACAAGAACUAAAAAAACAUGAGAGAAUUCACACUGGAGAAAAACCUUACAAGUGCUCACACUGUGGAAAGAGAUUCACUCAGUCACAACACCUGAAAACACAUGAGAGAAAUCAUACUGGAGAAAAACUUUACAAGUGCUCACACUGUGAAAAGAGUUUCACUCAGUCACAACACCUGAAAACACAUGAGAGAAAUCAUACUGGAGAAAAACCUUACAAGUGCUCACACUGUGGAAAGAGUUUCACUGUGUUAUAUCACCUGAAAACACAUGAGAGAAUUCAUACUGGAGAAAAACCUUACAAGUGCUCACACUGUGAAACGAGUUUCACUCAGUCACAAGACCUAAAAAAACAUGAGAGAAUUCACACUGGAGAAAAACCUUACAAGUGCUUACACUGUGAAACGAGUUUCACUCAGUCACAACACCUGAAAACACAUGAGAGAAAUCAUACUGGAGAAAAACCUUACAAGUGCUCACACUGUGGAAAGAGUUUCACUGUGUUAUAUCACCUGAAAACACAUGAGAGAAUUCAUACUGGAGAAAAACCUUACAAGUGCUCACACUGUGGAAAGAGUUUCAAUCAGUCAGUCAACCUGAAAACACAUGAGAGAAUUCAUACUGGAAAAAAACCUUACAAGUGCUCACACUGUGAAAAGAGUUUCACUCAGUUAAAAUACCUAAAAAGUCAUAAGAGAAUUCAUGCAGGAUAGUCUUGUCAAAUUAUUGUGGUGAUGACUCUCCACCAGAAGAUGGCAGCACCUGCAAUCAUUAGACUACAUGCCCGUAUUGGUGGUGUGAUGUUGUACAACUUGCAUCUUGAGAACAUUUUAUGUAUGUACUGGAUUGUUGUUCUUGUGUUCCAGAUGAUCAGGUGCUGAUGUGAACAGAACCCAACUAAAUGACCUGCGUGAAGUUGGCCCCCCACCCAAUGCAAAACUUCGGCAAAAUAGUCUCUAUUGUUUGUGCUGUAAAAAUUUUCGUUUGUGCUGCUUUGGUUUUUUAGAUAUUAAAAGAAUAUUUAUAGGUCAUUCUGAGGUCACUCAGCCCCCCGCAUGCUCCAAAUUCACCCCAAAUAGUCUCGUUUGUUUGUGCUGGUUUGUGCCGCUAAAAGUUUCGUUUGUGCUGCUUCAGAUUUUUUUAUAUUAGACAUUGAGUUAUAGGCGAUGACGUCACCAGCCCCCCACAUGCCCUAAAUUCACCCAAAAUAGUCUCAAUCGUUUGUGCUGUAAAAAGUUUAGUUUGUGCUGCUUCGGAUUUUUAAAUAUUAGACAUUGAAUUAUUGGCGAUGACGUCACGCAGCCCCCCCACAUACUCUAAAUUCACCCAAAAUAGUCUCUAUCGUUUGUGCUGGUUUGUGCUGUAAAAAUUUAGUUUGUGCU